UUAGGCUCGCUUAGUGGCGCGCGCCGUUUUUCAUUCUCUCCAAUUGGGAUCUUCAAAUUUUUUUUUUUGCUCUCGCGCCCUCGAUUCUCGAAGUCUACAAGCGAAAGUGGGUGUGUCACGUGAAGCUUCUGCGUGCUCCGAAAAGAGGAAAAACUUUUACUAUGAGUGUAGCUCGAGACUCUCGCUAGCGCGACAGUAUGGCGAUCUGGACUCGCGCAGACAAGCACGGACAGCUGGACUUGCUGUGGCGGGACCGCUGGGUCCGAGUGGCGGCUGAACUCACUCGUGAAACUUUGACUUUGGCGACGGAGGGCGAGCGGAGCGGGUCCACGAGCCUGGAACACAGCUCUGGAGUUCGAAACGGAAUGUCGAACGGAAACGAGCCAGGUCUCGCUAGUGGCCGCCAGAACCAGAACGUCAACGUAGACGACCAUCACAGCCACGGUCCCGUGAGCCCAACCGGAAGCCCAGCGCGCCGAAGGUUCGGGCAGUUCGACAGCUGCGGCUACAGCAGUCCAGCGUUCGGUCACGAGGACGGCGCUCCGGGCUGCAGCCCCGGCGACGCGGCGGACGCAGUGAGGAAAGUCCGAGUUGUGAAGCAGGAAGCGGGAGGGUUAGGCAUCAGUAUCAAGGGAGGGCGAGAGAACCGAAUGCCCAUCCUCAUCUCUAAGAUCUUUCCCGGCCUGGCCGCUGAUCAGAGUCGAGCUCUGCGGGUUGGAGACGCUGUCCUGUCGGUUAAUGGCAACGACCUCCGCGAAGCCACGCACGAUGAGGCGGUGCAAGCGCUUAAGAAGGCCGGAAAGGAGGUUGUGCUUGAGGUGCGAUACGUUAGGGAGGUGUCUCCCCUCUUCAGGAAGCCCCCUGUCCUGGCAGAGCUGCCAUGGGAAAGCAGUGUGGAGGACUCGAGCAGAACCUCCGCUGGACGGAACCGGAAGGUCCUUCCUCUCAAGAUGAGUUUUAUCUGCAGAAACAUCACCAUGCCGGACCUGGAGAACAGGCUGUUGGAGCUUCACUCCCCUGAUGGGCAGAAUGUUGUAGUCCUGCGCUGUAAGGAUGGACCCACUGCACAUUCCUGGUUCACGGCCAUACACACAAACGUGGCCGCCCUGCUGCCACAAACGCUCACAGACCUCAAUGCCUACCUGAGCUCCCCCAGCACCAACACACACACACAGCUCAACCACAUCGGCUGGCUGGCCGAGCAGCUUCCUCUUGAUGGUGGGCGGCACCAAUAUAAACCGGUUGUCAUGGCGCUGACUGAGAAAGACAUCCUGCUGUUCGAAUCGGUGCCAUGGACGCGUGAGGCCUGGAACACACCCCUCAUGACACACCCCCUCCUUGCCACCAGGCUUGUCCACUCGGGCAGUACUCAGACAUCCCCCUCAUUAGGAGUGGAUCUGGUGUUUGCGACGCGUACAGGUACAAACCGCGGUGUGGAGUCUCAUGUGUUCCGUGUGGAGACACACUGGGACUUGUCGUCAUGGACACGGGCCCUCGUGCAGGGAGGACAUGCUGCUGCUGAACUCAUCAAGGAGGUUUCCAUAGGUUGUGUGUUGAACAGGCAGGAUGUGCAUCUGCUCCUGCACUAUGAUCGGGGAUUCACUGUGAUGCGGGUCCAUCGGGACCCUGCAGUGGGCGCUCUGCUAUUCCACUAUCCUUUUGAGAAGCUGAAGAUGUCUGCAGAUGAUGGCAUCCGUAACCUGUACCUUGACUUCGGGGGUCCGGAGGGAGAACUGGUGUUUGAUCUGCACUCCAGCCCAAAGCCACUGGUGUUUGUUCUACACUCCUUCCUCUCAGCCAAGCUCACCCGGAUGGGCCUGCUCACGUGAACCCACGUGAACCAGAGCACAAAUGAGGAGCACACAGAGGGCUGGUGCAGAAAUAUUCCUCAUUUUACACUCAUUUAAUGGAAUAUUAUAGCAGAGUAUUUAAGUGGUUUUCUUUCUUUGUCAUUUGCGUGCACUUUUUUAUAACUGUGAGCACAAACGUAUGAAUGCUUUUCCUUUGUCUUUGUUAUUGCAUAAUCUGUCUCAUGUUGGGUGUGUGUGUUUUGGUGAGAUGUCCUGUAGUGCUCUUAAGUGUGUUGGUAAUAUUUCAGGAUAACCACAUGUGCCUUUUCAUAUUUAGUUAAUAAAUAAAAUGUUCUUUUUUAUCCAUGGACAUUAUAGGGAAACUCUGCAGAAAGUGUAGAGCUGAACUAUUUUGUGUAUGUGCACGCGUGCGUGCCAGUAUAGUCGUGUGUAUGUGUGUGUGUGUGUGUGUGUGUGUAAAGUCUCAUAUGCCCUAAGACACUUUGCAUCUCUGAGUGUGUGAUGGUUAGAGGGGUGUGGGGCGGGGCAUGACUAAAACCCCUAAUGCCACCCCCCCCAACUGACCCAGGACAUCUCUACCCCCUAUCUGACCCAGAACAUCUCCCCAUGACUGCCCCAGGGCAUCUCCACCCCCCAUCACUUCCUGAGGGUAUCUCUAGGCCCCAGCUGGAGCAACAUUUCUCAGCCCAGGUCACGGGAACCCUGACAGUCACGUGACGGGGGUGGGACAGCAGAACUGUCAGAGGUCCCUGAGCUCUGGACUGGGAAAGCCUGCCCCCUAGUGUCUUAUUAAUCACAGUUGCUCGUUAGUGCCAUGUGCCUAUGACUAGGUGUAGAGUUAGGACUUUUUUCAGAGGGUUCAUUAAAAAAGCCUUUUAGAUACUCAAAGCUUCUUUCAUUCCAGUUGUUUGAUGAAGGCUGUGUGUUUAAAGCCAUUGUAAAGCUCUGUGUUAUAAAGAAGAGUUGGACCAGUUAAGCCCAGUCUUGCCCUCCAUCUGCAACUAAAUUAGGUUUUACUCUUACACUGUCCUCUUGUGGCCAGGAGAGUCAGACGUGGUGAGAAGGCUUUCACUGCAGUGUGGGCAACAUUUACACCACUAAGAAAAUUGGCUUCCAGAGCGUUCUGUCAAUUUUGAGUGACACAUGCAAAUAUUGGCAAACAGUGCCGCUAACUUCUUUAAAGAUUGUGUUAGAAAUUGUGGUCUAUAUUCAUUACUUUGCAUAAGAUCUGACGCACCCAAUUUUUCUCAAGGGGUCAAAGGGUCAUGUCCAUGUGAUUUCAAGUUUCCUCAAAUAUUUUGGUUGUAUCCUGCAGAGAAUUAGGUCUAUCUAACUUGACUGCUUUUAAAAACAAGGGUUGUAAACAAAUGUUUUAGAUAUUGGCCUGUACAGCUUUUCUAAGUACCUUGUUUUUCUGGACCGUAAUGUAGUAGGAAGGUGAGGAGGUGUGUUGGCCCUGUGUGGUACUGUGCUCAUGUUCACACACAGAGAUUCUCUGUGCUCGGUAGCUGCAGGAGGUCAGUGUAGGAGUGGCACUAACAUGACUAUAGGUUCAGGGACUCUCGUUCUCUCGUGUGCUCUCCUGUUCCCCGUCACUCCAUGACAGUGGCCCUGUCUGGGUCAUGCUUUGGUCAGCGCCACCAGUCGCCCUCCUGUUAGCCAUGAAGGGGUCAUCAGUUCUCUGACUACCCACCACUUAGAUCAGAGAUGCUUAGACUAUGAAAGUAAUGCAUAUUUGUAUCCAUCUGUUCUUGAAACCAUGAAUGGUCAUUAUCAUUUAUCUUUUAUUGUUACUUUAGUCAGUUGUUUGUUUUGUGUUACUGGCUGAACUAUUGUUACGGAUGCUAGAUUUUUUUUUUAAAGAGAAAAGGGUUUUGCACCAAAGUUUUGUACAUGUUGCAACUUGCGUUCACGCAAUCAUAUUAUGCAAAAGCAGAAGCUGGAAUGACAGCAUGGGGCUAAGCACUGCUUCUGUACGAUUUAUAUGCAAACCACGUAAGAUACUCAACAUAUUCCUUUAUUAAGAGCAACACUUUUAAUAUGUAACUGUACAGCCAAUUAAUUAAAACAAAUAAAUCUAAA